AUUUCUAUCUUGCUAAGCCCCCCUUCGGUUGGGGUCAGGUUAGGUACUAAGACCAAGUGACAAAGGGAAGGUGAUAGGUUCUUCCCGUGCAGCCAGAAGCGCCAUUGCUUCGUUUCCAUUCUGUGGCACAUGCCUGCCUGCCAUUCCCUCCAACGCCGUCUUCUGCUGUCCUCGGUCAAGCCAGUCCCUUUUUUCCCCUGCACGGUUCAACCAAGGACUCAGACCUUGUCCCUGCCAUACCGUGCUCGAUUCUGUUUGUCGCAAACCCCUAAUAGUUUUCGAACGUACUAUACGCACCCGCCGUUCUUGAAGGAGCCUAGGAGGGCCUCAUCUACUUGGUCGCUCGUAUUCGCUUUCUUUGCGAUCGGUACCGGGGCCUGGCUUCAGAACCGAUACUUUGGCGCCGUACAGCAACAAGUCCCGGAUGCGCCCCUGCAGCCUCCUCAGGCCAGUCAACAAGAUCUUUUCCUUGGAGUGAUCGAUACGCUCAAAACCAUGCCUUCCGAACUGCCCCCCGGCACUGUCGGCAACCUGACCGCGGAGCAGGAGGCUAAGCUCCAGGAAUUAUGGGUGUUGACAUUGAGAUUAUUUGGUGUUGAGCUUGAAGAAAGCGAUGAGGCUACCGAGUCAUCACGCGCACCCAGCCCAUCUCGGGAAAAGAAGAAGUCCAAGCGGAGAUUUGGACUGUUCGGAAAGAAAGAAGAGGAAACCCAAGCGACGCAAGAUGUACUGUCGUCGAGGUUGGCUCAGGUAAUCAUCACGGACGGCGAUGACAAGUAUGGGCAAUCUAAGGAGUUCCAACAAGCUCUCGCCGACAUUCCUCCCGAAGAACUGCGGAAGACAUUCUGGGAUAUGGUGAAACACGAUAAUCCGGACUCCCUCCUCUUGCGAUUUCUCCGAGCCCGGAAAUGGGAUGUUAAGAAAGCUCUGAUCAUGUUUGUUUCGACGAUACGUUGGAGAUUACAGGAUGUGAAAGUUGAUGAUGAUGUGAUGAAGAACGGUGAAGCCCUCGCGUUCAAGCAAUCGCAGAGCUCCAACGCCGACGAGAAGCAGGUGGGUGAGGAGUUCCUGGCGCAGAUCAGAAUGGGGAAGAGUUUCCUCCACGGGGUUGACAAGUUGGGUCGACCCAUCUGUGUGGUUCGAGUACGAUUGCACAAGGCUGGAGAGCAGAGCGAGCAAACACUGGAGCGGUACACAGUCUAUACAAUUGAGUCUGCUCGUAUGAUGCUUGCCCCUCCGGUCGAGACGGCGACUAUCGUCUUCGAUAUGAGCAACUUCACUUUGGCAAAUAUGGACUACACGCCCGUCAAGUUCAUGAUUAAAUGCUUCGAGGCCAACUAUCCCGAGUCCUUGGGCAGUGUACUUGUUCACAAGGCCCCCUGGAUCUUCUCUAGUAUCUGGAACAUCAUCAAGGGCUGGCUUGACCCUGUUGUGGCGGCCAAGGUCCACUUCACUAAGACCGUUGAGGAUCUAGAAGAGUUUAUCCCGCGCAGCCAGAUUAUCAAGGAACUAGGCGGCGACGAAGAUUUCGAGUACAAAUAUAUCGAAGUCAACCCCGAUGAGAAUAAGAAGAUGGAAGAUACGGCGACCCGCGAUGCCUUGGUUGCCAAGAGGCACGAAUUGGACCAGGAAAUCCAGGAUGCCACUCUCGCAUGGGUCUUGGCUAGCGCUAGGAAGGACACAGCAGCUGCCGCUGCAGCCCAGAAGAAGAGAAACGAGCUGAUCGAAAAACUGCGCGUCCAAUACUGGGAACUUGACCCUUAUAUUCGUGCGAGGUCCUACUACGAUCGUAUCGGUGUUCUCCAGGGUGGCGGGAAGCUCAACUUCUACCCGCAGUCGAAUAAGACAUCUGCGGAGAGCGAAAAGGAGGCUGAAAACAUUGCCAUCGAGACGACUCCCGACGACGUCGACUGAAUGGCUGUUCUUUACUCCUUUCAGAAAGGGAGCCGAUAAGAUGAUAACUAUAUGGGCUCCCGAUCUCUAUGUUUUCAUGUGGUAAAUAGAUGAUCCACGAGAGUGUACGUUGCAUGAAUAUUCAUCUCAUUCAUUGAUUUUCAACCAUCGCUGCUGUCAGGAGGCUACUGGGUUUUUCUUCAUCCUACUUGAUGGGACAGUGUUGUCACUCGAAUAAUCCUAAGAGUAGGCGAUAUAUUUAAGCUUCACUCCAUCUUUCAGCCAGAUUUACAUCUUAGCCUUCAGCUCCUCGUAGAGAGCCUUGAGCUUGUCCAUGUCCGUAGACUGGGUGGGCCAUCCGACACCAAGGCCUUCGGUCUCGUUGGGUUUGGGGAUCUGUCUGCCGUUAGCCCUGAAUAGACAGCACAAUAACCCCCAAGAGAAACUGGCGGAGGGGGAAAUUAUUUGAUUAUCUCGCACUUACCA